AUGGAAACAAUAUCUGCUUCAGGAUCAACAAGAGGAUCACCACCUCCAAGAAAACAGCCGAGGUUGGACGUUGUGGCCUCUGCAAAUACAAUUCCUCUGAUACAAAGACCUAGCGGACUGGAUUGCACCUCUGAAUCUCUUAGAACACAGCCUUUUUAUAAGAGCGUAGAAUGGUCAGCUGAUGGAACUACAGUCAUUGCAUCCUCUUCGGCAAACCAAAUAUGUACCUAUGUACUACCGUCGGAUCUCCUGGAGCCAAGAGACAACCCCUUUGAACUUAGGCCGCAGAAUGUCUUGACUCUUCCGGAGCCGACUAGGGCUAUUGCACCCUGUCCGUAUUUCUCUCUGGGCUACCACACCACGCAAACCGUUCUAGUCGGGUGCAAGGACCAUCCUCUACAGCUUUACAGCUUGUUGCCCGAGGAGGCUCAAGCCACCGAGGAAUCCACAAGUCCAAGGGCUGAAGAUGUUCCAUGUCGGACUGCACCGCCAGCAGACAACCCAAGGCCAUCCUCACAUUCAUCCGCAUCUUCUUCUUCAUCCAUCUCCUCCUCGACAUCUUCUCAAACCUCCCAAAAAAGCCCACAACCCCCUCAUCAGCGCCCACUGGCCUCAUACAAAUUCAUCAAGCGCGAGACGGAAGGCUACAUAUCACCAUCGUCCCUCAUCUGGCCCCUGGCUCCCGGCACACACUUCAUCGCUGGCGCCACCAACACCAUAGCCUAUUUUGACGCCUCGCGCAACGCCGAGGGGCCCGUCCUCACCAUCCCCACCAUCCCCUCGGCCCGCCACAUCGCCAAGGGGUCCGGAGUCGGGAUGAAGGGCACCGUCGCCGCCCUGGCCGUCCAGCCGACCUCCGACACCAACGGGGGUCUGCUCGCCGCCGGCACGUGGACUAGCUGGGUCGGCAUAUACGACCUGGGCCGCGCGGGGGAGUGCGUCGCCACCUGGCCCCUUGCCGGCCCGAAACGCGUGGAGAAGGGUUCAGAAGGAGGAGGAGGUGGUGAUGGCGGCGGCGGUGGUGUCGUGCAGGCCGCUUGGUCUCCGUGCGGCCGCUAUCUGGUCCUUAACGAGAGGCGGUCUACCGGCCUGGCGGUAUACGACGUGCGUGUCACGGGCCGUCUCCUGGCGCGGCUCGCCGGCCGCGGCGGUGAACAUGUCAACCAGCGCCUUAGCUGUGACGUGUUCCCUUCGUCGGAAGCAGAAGGUCUGUUCGAGGUGUGGGCGGGUACGCCUGACGGGCGUGUGCUGGUGUGGGAUCGCGCGGGCGGGGACGAGGGUGUCGUCGAGCCUACGUGGGAUUGGCAAGCUCAUGGGGCUGGUUCGGCGGUUGGUGCCACUGCUCUGCACCCCGGGGGCUCAGUUUUGGCCACGUGUGCUGGUUCAUACUCUGUUCAGGAUGAAAGUGAAAGCGACAGUGAGAGUGAUUCGGAACCUAAUGGCAAGAAGCUGCCUAAACUACGAACUUCUGAAGAUACGAGCCUGAAAAUAUGGUCCAUCAAAGCAUCUGGAGAUUAA